AAAAAUCCCCCCCAAAAAUUAAAGAAAAAGAUUAAAACAACAAUUGAUUCGAAUUGAUAAAAAUUGCAGACCCAGCCUUUCCAUUUCCACUUGCUUACAGGACGGGAAUUCGGGAAUUUUGACCAAGUACGGCGGACCGACUAAACUACAAGUUGCCAACCGGGGAACGCAGAGAACGCACUGUACUUGUCCUGCAUUGUACAGGGCAUCCGCAUAAGGAAGCAUACCGAGGACGCAAGGGAAAAGGUUUAAAUACGGAGCUAUGGGCCUCUUUUCACGCAAAGAAAAGCAUUCUUCUUCGAACUCUUCAUCAUCACGAACAAAUUCCACACAAUUAACAGAAGUUCAAUCUUUUCGUUCCUCACAAUCAUCCCUUAAAUCGCCUUCCACUCCCGGUUUCUCGAGAAUGUCUAUCCCCAACAUACCAAAGAUCGCGUUACCCAAAGCACCAGAUCCAACUGUAGACCCAGCUGGAUAUUUGAGGAGUAUUGGUGCUGUGCGGGAAAGAUGCGGUAUCGUCUUGGAGAAGGCAAAGAAGAAUGAUUUGAAUCACUUCGAAGUUGAUAUGGGGAGGUUCAAAGACACUACAAAGUUUGUCGUCUCAAUAAUCAAGGUAUUUAUUCAUUUGCAUCUGCACUACACAGGUUUGCUAGAUCUGAUUCUAAUAUUUGUUGCCACUCCAGCGCGAUUUCGCACCCGAUUACAACACUAUUCCCCCACAUGGUCGCUGGCAACAUUUCAACGUAGGAGGCAUUGACAGAAUUGCAGAACUCCUAGCGAGCUGGCCAAGUCAAGUUGAUCCUUCCGAGCAAUGUCGCCGAAUCCUAGAUCUCUUCCUCGUAUCUGUAUUGCUCGAUGCUGGUGCUGGUACCUCAUGGAAAUAUAAGAGUGUAGAGAACGGACGCACAUAUAGAAGGAGUGAAGGCUUGGCAAUUGCUAGUUUGGAGAUGUUCAAGGCGGGUACUUUCAGUAGUGAUCCAGAACAACCACACCAGGUUGAUGCCGAUGGAUUGUGCAGAUUGACAGUGGAGAUUAUGAGUUCAGGUCUACAGGUCACCGAACAAAAUCCGAUUGCUGGUUUGGCAGGAAGAACUGGCUUACUGGUUAAACUGGCCAAAGCCUUGCGAAAUCCUUCCUUGUUUGGUGCAGAUGCCAGACCUGGAAAUAUGCUAGGUAAGUCUUUACAACGUUUAGGAGUACUUUAGUCUAACAUUCACAGAUUACCUUAUCUCUCAUCCUUCCACACAAGCCGCAUCCGUACCAAUCGUUCCUUUACCUACCUUGUGGAGUGUCUUGAUAGAUGGUCUUGCACCAAUCUGGCCAGCCUCGCGCACAGAAGUUGACGGCACAUCUAUCGGCGACGCAUGGCAUUUAAGCACUAUGCCCGCAGAUGCUGCAACCCCUCUGUGGGAGACAAUUGUUCCCUUCCACAAGCUCUCUCAAUGGCUUUGCUACUCUCUUAUGCAACCAAUGACUAAACUCAUGAAUAUCCAUUUCGCCGGAGCUGAAUUAUUAACUGGUUUACCCGAAUAUCGAAAUGGUGGUCUGUUCAUCGAUACUGGUGUAUUGACACUAAGAAGAGACGACACGAAAAGAGGACUAGAAGCAUUCCAUCGAAAUGCAGAGAGAGAAGGCAAACCAAGCUUGGAAGUCGUCCCAAUGUUCACACCAGAUGAUGAUGUAAUCGUUGAGUGGAGAGCUGUGACUGUUGGGUUUCUAGACCUGUUAGUAGACGAAGUCAAUGCCAGUCUAGGACUUUUUGGUCAAGAUAAACUGUCACUACCACAAAUGUUGGAGGCUGGAAGUUGGAAGGUAUGUUACAUCCAUUUCUCGCGUGUAGUACACCAAAUACUAAUUAAACAAAUAGGGAGGUAGAGAAAUGGCCGAAAUCUCGCGACCAAAUACUCAAUGUCCACCCAUUGCCAUCCUCAGUGACGGAACAGUCUUCUAAUUCUUUCGUCGAUUCACUUCUUACUCGCCUUGCCCUUUUUCGCAUGCACUACUUAUUUUCAAACUACUGGCUAGGGUUUACGACGAAAUGAAAAAUGACAUAUGCGAGCUGUUUACCUUCUAUGCUUCUAUGCUUCUUCGUUCUGUCUGCUUUGCUUGCACUUGCCCUUGCACUGCACAGACGAGAACUCAUUGGAAGGAUAUUCGGACUACGCCUAGAUACCCUUUUGCGAUUGCGCUGCCUGCGAUGCCUGCUUGCGAGCGAGAUCUUAACUUCGGUUUACUACUACUUGGCUAUUUGGUUUGCCUAAAUACUUUUUUACAAUACAUUACAUAAGAUUCAAAGGCACAUAUUGGGUGGAGGAACGGACAUGGCAAAUGAUUGAGGGAUGAUUUGGAUGGGUGGAUAGGAAAAUUCUGGACCAAAGACUGUGUGAUUAGGGACGGUGGCGGUGGUAUUCUGGAUCAUCUUUCUAGGUCAUUGUGUUAUUGAGCUGUAGGUUUGGGUGGAUGGAUGGAUGUUUUGGUCGGACUGGAGCGGUGAUUGUACUAUUUGGAUGUCUAUGGAAUGAGAGAUCGGGCUGAACAGAUGGACGGGUGUUUUGGCCUGCAUUAUGCGUCGCGAUGGCUAACCAAACAUAAUUGGGAAAUAGCUCCAGCCCUACAUGGGCAUGGAAGAGAAUAAUUGAAUAUCUGAUAAAUACUUGUUUCUUUU